AUGAGCAAAACCUCAAACAUUCGACCAGUAUCUCUUUUCAAGCGCAAAAUAUGUUCUUCACCCUUUCGCUUACAAGCACCCUCUUCGGAAACAGAUGCGAUGGAGCAGGGAGGCUCACGCUGGGCUUCGCUUCAUCGUCGCGAUAGUCAGACAUUUGCUCACAAAGAAUUUCGUACACCAUAUUUAAAACAGCAAUCUUUGCCUUCAGUUAGUGGAAUUCGUAAAAAAACUAACAUGUUUUCUUCCAUGCGCGCUUCGCCGUUUAAUUAUCAAACUAUGAUAGUGACCCCCAGCACGAUUAUUAGUGAAUUUUUAAAACUUUUCCCUCCACGGGAUGUGCGUUGUCUUGAUGGCAGUAGACUUAAAACCACGCCUGGGAUUCAAUAUACGUCACAAGAUGCUUAUUCUAAGGACACCGAUAUAAUGAUGGGUUUAGCCACCGGCCUCUGGACUUUGCAUGGUUCCUCAUUUAACCGUCAAGGCCUCGGGUAUUAUUCCUCUCAAAAUAUGGAAGGGAAAAGGAAUUCCAGCCUUUUCAAGUUUCCGUCUUACCAGAAAUAUCUCAAGAACGACGAGGCGAAACCUAGAGAAGGGAUAAACCAGUUCAGAUCGGUGCCCUUUUCUUCUCAAUGUUUUUCAGAGGCGUCGUUCGACUGGGAUAGGCUUUUUCUAAUCCGUGUCGCGACUGUGGCUAUGGUUGAACCUAAUAUCUCCACCUUAUCACAGGUUUUACCACAGUCUAAACUAUUCCUUCACCUUCCCACUAGUGAUAUGUUUAAUGAGAAGAGUCGUAUUCACGCAAAGGCCGAGUCUUCCACAUCCGAUGACGGCUCAGACAAGCGCAGCAUCGAUCAUACUUGUAAGGAAAGCCUAUGGCUCAGCAUGAUUGAUACCUUUCUACGCAAGCGUAACUCGAGCAAGACUGAUGCUGAAUGUGUUGAUUCUGAUUAUUAUGCGGAGGAAAAUUCUUGUAUGUGGGAAACGCCCGCUGUUUACUAUAUGUAUUAUUAUAAUAGCGGCUCAAUCUACAAAGCGGUGGGCCGUUUUUACGCGAUACCCGGUCUUCCUCAACCACCGACCAAUUUAAAUUAUGAAUGGACAGUAAAUGAUAUAACAGGAGCCGGUUUAAUAAGUCAGAUACUAUGCAAACGUUCUAGUAGCACCUCAACGAAUCCCUUUUCUAGUUUCAACAAGGCGAACAUGGUGAGCCGAAACCUUAACGCUGCACGUGAAGAAUGCAAGAGUCAUGGAGGUGAUGUUGGAAAGAAAUUAGAACAACGUGUCGCUGAGGAUGACGUGGUGAAUGGCGAAGCGUCGCCGUUAUUUUCUACCCCCUCUGAGGUUUCACCUCAGGUCUGGCAUCGGAUCCGGGCGACGGCUACUGUAAUGACCUUAAACGAGUAUAUCUCGUUUAUUUGCCCUUCCUACUGCGAUGGAAAACAUGAAAGGACAAAUGUUGCGUUAGAUGGGUUAGAUCAAGGUUCUUCCUUUAAAUCCCCCGCCUGUACGUUUGUAUCACAUUCGAACGAGUUGAAAAAUGAACCAGCGGAUUUCCCUGCUGUCCCCCGAGGCGAUAUGCCCCUCAUAAGUGCUGCUAGCAAGGCCUCUUAUCUUAAGUCGGAACUUCCUGGUAAAAAGGCAACAAAGAGCAGAAGUGGGGAUCUAAAACUGGGGCAGAAUUUAGUUUGUGAAGACGGCAACUCCAUCGGAGCCGAUAUUCAUCCUUCCUAUCCACAUUCUCAACCUGAGCCUCACAUUUCUGGGUUUACGUUUGCGCGACCGCAGAGCUACGUGGAUCAGCGCACUUCUCGUGGUUGUACUGGCCUGGGUCUUCAUUCUCGUAGGGAAGAUGUGAGCGGUGGGGUGAUGAACUGGUGGAGUGUACCCCUGAAUGCCCACCUGCGCAAUAUUCUUCCUUUUGUUGGGGGCAAUGGGGCCAUGGGGGUGGUGGGGACCUCGGAUUGCCCCGCGGGAUUAGGCUGGGAGGCGACAACGCAGUCGUGGAUCGAACGGCACGCCGUUGGCGUUCUCCUGCUUUUAGCCGAGGAGUGUGUUUACUUUGAGAUGCUCCUCCAUGUGCACAAUCCCUUGGGAGAGGGGGGAUCCGCGCCUGGUGAGGCCUCACGCCAGCUCUCCUUCCCACAGCUCCCCCUGCUUUGCACUCGCGCCGAAGAUCAGGAGCGGGGGUCCUUUGGCCGUGUGGUGCACCGCAUGGACCUGCCCUUUUCCUCUCCUUUAACGGAGGGGGAGAGGGGUCGAGUGGACGGGGCAAAAGGAGCCACGGCUGCAUCUCAUCCCCCGCCGCACCGCCACUUUCCCGGGACGAUUUUGGUGUAUGAGGCUUGGAAUGCGUACGCCACCAAUACCCCUUUUCUUCGGGUUUCCGACAAAGGUACUGGAAAGUUGAAGACCGAAUCGAAAGGGAAGGGUUAUUCUAAAGGUUGGGUACCGUGCGGCGCGGCGCUUGAAUCAAGCUCAGAAUUACACAUAUACCUCCUAAACGUGCACUUGAACUCUAAGCGAACCUCAGGGGAGGACCGAGCGGAGGGCGACAUGACAAGGGAUCAACUUGUUUCAAACUACGCGAUAAGCACACAAAGUAAGGCCGAUAAACUCAAAAGUAAUGAACAACGAGAUAAUUUUAAACUUACACAUUGUAAGCUCAACCCUGCAUCUUCCACAAUUAAUAGUUUAUCAGGAAAGCCUUUUGUGGCAUUUUCGCCGUUUCCACCAUCGACGUACCUCUUAAAAAAACGCGCAUGGUUUGAAAGACCUUUUGUCUUGGCUGAGGAAAUGCGCUAUGGUCUUUUAAUCAGAUACACAUUGAAUAUUUAA